AUGUCAAAUGAUUCACCUAAUUCAAACAAAUCCAAGGCUACUAGAAAACAACCCGAUCUUCGACAAUUCUUGUCUAAAAGAAAGAAACUCCAUGAAAAUGAGUCCAAUAACUCCCCUUCAUUAAGCCCCCCUCAAAGUCAAGAAGAUGAUAUGGAAAUGGGUGGUUCAAGUACUUGUAAUGUACCAUUGGAGGAAAAUUUGUUAUACGAUGUUGAACUUCUUCCUCAUGAUCCGGGAAAAAGAAUAAACAUAAUGGAUUACCCCGCAAAUGAACGAAAUGCAGUUAGGAGGGGUUAUAUUCUUAAAAAACCUUGCCAACCAAAAACUCAUGACUUUCCUCAAAGACAAGUGUCUGGUUUACGUCGCUUUAGUGUUCAUUGGUUCAAGAAAUGGGAUUGGCUUGAGUAUAGUAUUGAAAAAGAUGCUACAUUUUGUUUUGUAUGUUACUUGUUCAAGAAUGAAGUUGAUAGUUAUUCGGGGGGUGAUGCAUUUGUUGAUGGAGGGUUUAGGGCAUGGAAUAAACCGGAAAGAUUUGAGAAGCAUGUUGGUGGAAUUAACAGUGCUCAUAAUCUUGCUUAUGAGAAAUAUGUGAAUUUAAGAGAUGGAAAAAAAAAAUCAAUCUUGAAUGUGUUUGACAAUGCAAGUGAGGUGAUUAAAAGUGAAUAUUUUAUCCGCUUGAAUGCAUCUUUAACUUGUUUAAGGUUUCUUUUGGGGCAAGGUUUGGCAUUUCGUGGACAUGAUGAAAGCGGGGAGUCAUAUAAUAGGGGUAAUUUCCUUGAGCUUUUGAAAUGGUUAGGAGAAAAGGUUGAGGAAGUAAGACAACAUACUCUUGAAAAAGCACCUAAAAAUUGUCAAAUGAUUUCCUCUUCUAUUCAAAAGGACAUUAUUAAUUGUUGUGCCAAAGAAACAACUAGGUGCAUAAUAGAAGAAGUUGGUGAUGAUUACUUUGCCAUAUUAGCCGAUGAGUCAAGUGAUGUGUCCCAAAAAGAACAACUAGCUCUUGUUUUGCGCUUUGUUAAUAGAGAUAGUGGAAAGGUAAUGGAGCGAUUUUUAGGCAUUGUUCAUGUUGGUAAUACUACUGCUUUAACUCUUAAAGAUGCAAUCAUGUCUUUACUUGUUGAACAUUCAUUGAGUCCAUCUAUGAUAAGGGGGCAAGGGUACGAUGGAGCUAGCAACAUGAAAGGUGAAAUAAAUGGUCUUAAGACUUUGAUUAUGAAUGAUACUCCAAGUGCCUACUACGUACAUUGUUUUUCUCAUCAACUUCAACUAACACUAGUUGCCGUUGCUAAAAAGAAUGAUAGUUGUGGUUGGCUUUUUGAGAUACUUGCAAAUUUAUUGAAUGUGGUUGGAGUUUCUUGCAAGAGAAGAGAAAUGAUUCGACAAGAUCAAGCUCAAGAAGUUGCUCGAGCAUUGGAUGUAGGGGAUAUUGUACUUGUACACAUUGGGAAGCAUGGUGUAUCGGAAGAUAAGUUCAAAGCUCAAAUUGUUUUAGGACAAUUAGAGUCAUUUGACUUUGUUUUUAUUGCUCACUUGAUGUUGACUAUUUUUGGUUACACUAAUGAUUUGUGUGUUGCUUUGCAAAGAAAGGAGCAAGAUAUUGUAAAUGCCAUGGAACUUGUCACUUACACAAAAUUGGUGUUGCAAAAAAUGAGGGAGCAAGGAUGGGAUACUCUCUUAAACAAGGUAACUUCAUUUUGUGCUAAACAUGGUAUUGUUGUUCCCACUAUGGAUUCUCCUUAUGUUCCUCAAGGAAGAUCAAGACGUUUUGUUGAAGAAGCAACAAAUGAACAUCAUUUUCGGGUUGGAAUUUUUGUAAGAGUGAUUGAUUUGCAUCUUCAAGAACUUGAUGAUCGAUUUAAUGAGAGGAAUAUGGAGAUACUAAUAUGUAUGGCUUGUUUAAGUCCUAAAGAUAACUUCUCAUCCUUUGAUAAAGAUAAGGUACUUAAACUUGCCUCUUUUUAUCCCGAAGAAUUUUCAAGCUUUGAUUUGAUGGCUCUUGAAUGUCAACUUGAUAUAUUCAUGGAGAAUAUGCUAAAUGACGAUAGAUUUCAAGGUUUAAAUGACCUUAACUCUCUUUCUAUGAUGCUUGUUAAAACUAAUAAGCAUAAGACUUUUCCUCUUAUUCAUUUGCUUAUCAAGUUGAUGUUGAUUCUUCCGGUUGCCACGGCAAGUGUUGAAAGAGUCUUUUCUGCAAUGACAUGUGUCAAAAAUAAGUUGCGAAAUAGCAUGGGUGAUCAACUUAUGAAUGAUUGUUUGGUCACUUUUAUUGAGAAGAAUGUCUUCCUCAGAGUUUCCGAUGAAAAAAUUGUUGAUCGCUUCCAAAAUAUGAAGACUCGAAGGAUGAAAGUGUAA